CUGCACCUCCCAACAGCUCAUUCACUGACUCCACUUCACCAGGUGAUGACGGGCGGACGCGCGGCAGUGAAAAUGAUGUGUUUUUAAAAGUCGCAAUUCACGUAGAAUGGAGAUGCGCCUCGGUCACUGGCUUUUGAUCAUUUAUUAUGAGUGGAUCUGGCUCUUCACCCUAACUUCCAUCCUGGACGGAACAAACGCGGAGGUAAGGUGCAUUCCGUCCUGCCAGCUGCCGCUCACAGCAGCAGCAUCACUUCCCUGGGAACUCUCUGCGCUGGAUUUGGCUCAUUUUGGCGACGCACCAGAGGAACAGUUCGCUGGAUCUAACGAGGACCUCCCGUGCGCCAAACCCUGCCCCGCCGGUGCCGACGACAAGCACAGCGUUGCGGAACUUACGAGCGAAGAAAGUUCGUCCCAAGUGCAUGCGCUGUUGCGGGGAAACGGAACAAGUGUCCGCCAGGAGGACGCAGUAAAGGACAAACUUUCCAACUCGGAAGGGUUUUUUCACGCGCCUGAAAACGAGCCAGAGAGGAGCAGCGGUCACGCACGAAGCUCCCACGGAGAAAAUGCGGAGCACGAGGAGGCAAGCGAGGACACGGAUGUGGCCAGUUGGAGACGAACGCGCAGGAGCGCAGAGACUUGGCCCGGGUUUAGAGAAGAGGGCGAGGACGAGGUUUCCUUCUCGGACCCGGAGGAGUUUCAGCUCACAAGUUCUACGUUUGCUCUGAGCGGGGACACGGCUCACAACCAGGCGAUGGUGCACUGGUCCGGACAGAACAGCAGCGUGAUUCUCAUGUUGACGAAAUACUAUGACUUCAACACUGGAAGAGUCACAGAGAGCUCUUUGUGGAGGUCAACCGAUUACGGGACCACGUACGAGAAGCUUAACGAGAAAGUCGGGCCGAAAACCGUCCUGAGCUACUUGUACGUGAGUCCAAACAACAAGAGGAAGAUCAUGCUGCUGACCGACCCGGAGGUGGAGAGCAGCCUGCUCAUUAGCCUCGACGAGGGGGCGUCCUAUCAGAAACACAGCUUAGCCUUUGAUAUCCUCAGCCUGCUUUUCCACCCCGAGCAGGAGGACUGGAUCUUGGCUUACAGCCACGACCAAAAGCUCUAUGUCUCGGUUGAGUUUGGGAGGAGGUGGCAGCUUGUGCACGAUGGCGUCGUCCCCAACAGAUUCUACUGGUCCAGACUGGGCUUAGACAAAGAGCAGGGGAUGAUUCACCUGGAGAUCAGCGUCUCUGACGGACGGUCACAGUACAUAACGUGCAAACUUCAGAACUGCUCCGACGGAAACAAGGGCAAACCUUUCCCAGGAUUUAUCAUCCCCAACUCCCUGGUGGUUCAGGACGAGUACGUUUUCAUCCAGGUGCCAGUCGGCGGCCAGUCCGUCCAUUACGUGUCCUACAGGAGAAAUGCUUUCUACCCGAUGAAGCUUCCCAAGUACACUCUCCCAAAGGACUUGCAGAUAAUCAGCACCGACGAUAACCAGGUGGUGGCAGCGAUUCAGGACCAGCACCAGAACGACUCCUACAACCUGUACAUGUCUGAGUCCAGAGGACUUCUCUUCACCCUGAUGCUGGAGGACGUCGUGAGCAGUCGAGGGCCUGAGGGAAACAUCAUGAUCGACCUGUACGAGGUUGCUGGGAUUAAAGGGGUGUUCCUGUCAAAUAAAGUUGUCGAGAACCAAGUGAAAACUUAUAUCACCUACAACAAGGGGAGAGACUGGCGUCUUCUUCAGGCUCCUACAACCGAUCUCCAGGGAAACGCGGUUUAUUGUGAGCAGCCGCUCUGUUCGUUACAUCUGCACCUUCAUGUGUCGGAGAAUCCUUACACGUCGGGAAACAUUGUCAGCAAAGACUCAGCGCCGGGAAUUAUAAUAGCAUCAGGUGUCGUUGGACCUGAGCUCACCAGCAAUAAUGUCAGUAUUUUCAUCACAUCUGACGCUGGAAACACCUGGAGAGAGGUUUUUCAGGAGGAGUACAGCGUGUUCUUCUUGAACCAAGGAGGAUCUCUGGUGGCCAUCCGACACACACCUCUGCCAAUUAGGCACAUUUGGCUGAGUUUUGAUGAGGGCAGAAACUGGGACAAAUAUAGCUUCACCUCCUCUCCACUCUAUGUGGAUGGCGUCCUGGGGGAGCCUGGAGAGGACACCCUCAUCAUGACAAUAUUCGGUCACUUCAGUCAUCGCUCCGAGUGGCAACUCGUCAAAAUUGACUUCCGGUCCAUUUUUCAACACCGCUGCACGUCGGACGAUUAUCAGUCGUGGCAGUUGCACGAUGAGGGCGAAGUGUGCAUCAUGGGAAUGAAGAGAAUCUUCCAGAAACUUAAAACAAACGUUCGAUGUGUCAAGGCCAGAGAUCAGUACAUUUCCCUGAUGUCAGAGUCUUGCCCGUGCACAGACGCAGAUUUUGAGUGCGACUAUGGGUUCGAGAGGCAGACGGACGGGAGCUGCACGCCGGCUUUCUGGUUCGUCCCUUCGGCGGUAUCAAGGGACUGCAUCACGGGGGAGAGCUUCCUCAACACCACAGGAUAUCGCAGGGCUCUGUCAAACAACUGCACUGAAGGAACUCUGCUGAAGUACAGCCCCAGGCGUCAGAAGUGUCCCACUCAGGCCCCAAGGGGUCUGCAGCUCUUCACCAGCGAGGGAACACUGGUGGCAACCCUGGGGAAGAAUGUCACCUUCUUGGUUUUUCUGGAAGAGGGCCUCGGCUUCACGACGAGUAUAACGGUGGACUUUGGCGACGGAACGGCCAUGUCCUACGUCAACAUAAGCUCCAUCGAGGACGGGGUCAAGCACAUCUACAGUAAAGUCGGCAUUUACCAGGUCUCUGCGACAGCGAGCAACACGCUGGGCUUCGACAGAGUGAUUCUCUACCUGCACGUCUCCUGUCAACUCGAACAUGUCCAGCUCUCGGCUCCUGCCGUGGUCGUCAAGAACAAAGCGGUAAACUUCACCACAGUGUUACGUCCCGGCACCGUGGGGACCGUCAUCUAUUACUGGUGGUUGGAUAACAAAACAGAGCCAACUGUGACUCUGGACGGAACAAUGUCCUUAAUUUUCUCCAAGAAGGGAAGUUACACUGUCACUGUUCAGGCUUCGGUUGGCAAUACUGUACAUCAGGACCAGAUGACUGUGGCAGUUUAUGAUUAUUUCCGGUCAUACGUUUUGGCCUUUUCUUCCAACUUGGACGAGCUGAACCCCGGGGUCCAGGAGUGGAGAGAGGACAUCUGCCGAGUGGUGAAGAACUCUGUGGUUCAGGUCACGGGAAUCAGCGAGGAUCAGCUCCUCGUCACGGUGCUUCCAGGUUUACCGACCACGGCGGAGAUUUUCAUCGUGCCCGAGAAGAGGUCGAGAGACGGAGGAGCCGUGCAUGAAAAGUGGGCGCACCUGGAUCAGCUUUCACAGGUUCUGCUAAGUGCUCUGAACCAGGACCUCGUUCAGUUCACACUCAAGCCGGGGGUGCAGGUUAACGUAUAUGCCACGCGGCUGUCUCCAGCUCCUCUUGUGGACAGCAGUGUGAGCGGCCACAGCAGCACCGCAGUCAUCCUGCUCGUUUCGGGCGCACUGAUGGGCUUGGCCAUCUUCAUGAUAUAUACAUUCAAAAGGAAGUUCCCCGGCAUGCACACGUACACAGCAGAGCAGCCCGACAAAGAACAAGAGGUCAUCCCGACAGUGGCCUCCAUCGCCAGCUCGGAUCCCGAGGGGGACAAACUGACCUCGCUGGAACACGUGGACGUACAGUUGAACUCACACAGCAGAGGCUACCUGCCAUCUCACACAGACAUCAAGCUCUCUGAUGAAGCGCCCCAUGUGUUUUAAUGUUGAGAGUCUAUGACCGACUCAAAAGCAAUACAUCUUCUUUGGCAGUUACUUCCAGCGAGCGAUGAAACCACGGUCACAAUGAAUGGUCUCGAGUGUUUUCCUACCCAUGCAUGGAUGGACCAGUUCACACUGUGCUGCCUAAUCCCUCUGAGGAGACUGUACAGAUUUAUACUUGCUUCUUGGAAGAGGAAGAAAAAAAAAAAAAAAAAAGGGACACUUUUUGACUGAAAAUACUUGUAUUUUUGCAAGGACACCGAUCUGAUCUUUUUAUGUAAAUAACGACGUUCAUAAUGGAGGCAGUGGAAGUCAUUUGUCUCCGCUCGAACAUGAAAAUACCUAAAUGGGCGGCAACAGAAGUGAUGUGUAAUAAUAUCUUUAAAAACAAAUAUGCUUUUAA